CGCGUAUUGAAGCGGUGUUACUGUAAAUAUUGUACGUAAAAUUUGAGCCUGUUUAAAAGAACGAAUAAUAAGUAUGGCAGAAGACAUUGCAGAAGGCAUUGCAGAAGGUGAAGAAAACAUUUUUAAGAUUCUGAUUGCAACAGACAUCCAUCUUGGCUAUGCCGAAAAAGAUCCAAUCAGGGGUAAUGACUCACUGGUAACAUUUGAAGAAAUUCUGGAAAAUGCCCGCAAACAUGAAGUAGACUUUGUCUUGUUAGGUGGAGACUUGUACCAUGAAAACAAACCAUCAAGACGAAUUGUGCAUGGGACUCUAUCACUGUUUAGAAAUUACUGUCUGGGUGAUAAACCAGUCCAGUUUGAAUUUCUCAGUGACCAGUCAAAGAAUUUUGAGCACUGCCAGUUUCCAGCAUUAAACUAUGAGGAUCCUAACUUGAAUAUUGCAAUACCAGUAUUUUCCAUACAUGGCAAUCAUGAUGAUCCAACUGGUCAGGGGAAUCUGUGCUCCCUUGAUGUGCUUCAUAGUGCAGGCUAUGUGAACUAUUUUGGUAAAACUAAUUCUUUGGACAAGAUUCAAGUAAGCCCGUUGUUGUUUCAGAAAGGAUCAUCCAAGCUUGCCUUAUAUGGGUUGGGUUCUGUGCGAGAUGAAAGGUUGCACAGAGUGUUUCUGCACAAAAAUGUGACAAUGUUGAGGCCAAAAGAAAACAGGGAUGAUUGGUUUAACAUGUUUGUAAUACAUCAGAAUCGAUCAAAACACGGCCCAACAAACCACAUACCAGAACAGUUCUUGGAUGACUUCCUAGACUUGAUAUUCUGGGGGCAUGAGCAUGAAUGUCGACUGGAGGCUGAGUGGAAUGGUACGCAGAACUUCUACGUUACACAGCCAGGCAGCAGUGUUGCCACGUCUCUCAGCGAGGGGGAAACCGUGACCAAACACUGCGGUCUGCUCAUGAUUAAGGGGAAGAAUUUUAAGAUUACACCGAUACGUCUGGAGACAGUUAGACAGUUUUACAUGGAGGAUAUAGUGCUGAGUGACACAUCACUGAAUCCCCUUGACCAUGACAUAGGAAAGAAAGUUGAAGCGUACUGUCAGAGGCGUGUUGAAGAUUUGCUUGAGCGUGCAGCAAGAGAACACACAGGAAACAAGAAACAGCCAACUCAGCCGUUGAUAAGGAUUCGGAUUGACUACUCCGGGGGAUUUGAACCGUUCAGUCAACACAGGUUUGGUCAGAAGUUUGUGGAGCGGGUGGCCAAUCCCAAGGACAUGAUCUACUUUAUGAGGAAGAAGGCAGUUGCAGCAGGCAAACAGGAAAGUGGAGAUGUGGACCUAGAGGACAUCAAGGUGGACCUGCCAUCAGCGCGGGUUGAGGACAUGGUCAAAGAAUACUUUACCCAGGCAGACGAGAAGCUGCGCCUGCAGGUGUUGACGGAGAAGGGUAUUGGAGAGGCUGUGAAGGAGUUUGUGGACAAGGAAGAGAAGGAUGCCAUACCACAGCUCGUUAUUUACCAGCUGGAAAGGACACAGGAUCAUUUAAAGAAGAGAAGUACCAAUGAAGAUGUGAUAGAUGACGAGGUACACAGAUAUAAGGAGGAAAGACAGAGACGGAAAGAAGACGAACAGGAACUAGAGGAGGCCAAGAAAGUAGUUCCUAAACGCCAGCCAGAUAUCACCAUUGGUGAAAGUGAUGACGACAUCAAUGGCAUGAACUCAGAUGACAGUGAAAUUUCAAAGGCUUCUUCCACGAGGGGGCGUGGAAAAGGGUCGCGUGGAGGUAGAGGGUCACGUGGGGCCAAGGGAGAGGGAGCCCGGGGCCGGGGAUCUAGGGGAGGCAGGGGUAGGGCUCCGGUUGUGGAUAGCAGUCAGAGGUCCAUAGCAGACUCCUUCACCUCCAGCAAGGCAAAGUCCAGCAAGCGAGCCAGCAAGAAGACAGCUUACUUUUCGGAGUCUGAAGAAGAUGUGGUGGAGUUACUCUCAAGUGAUGACGACUCUUUCUCCUCCAUCUCAUCAUCACGGAAACCAUCUGCCAUAAAACAAGCACCCCGGGGUGGGAGCAGGCGAGGGGGGCAGCUUCAGUUUGAUGCUGACUCUGAUGGGGGAAAGCCUGCCAAGAAGAAGACAACAGCCGCCAGGAAGAGAGGGGGUGUGGUGUACAGCUCGGGAUCAGAUGAUGAUAUGACUCCUAUUAGAAAGAGGAAGAGAUAGUUCUCCGGCAGUUGAUGGUGUUUUAGGAACAAUAUGGUUCUCAUGCGAGAAUAGCAAGUUGAUGAAGAACACUUUGUGUACUAUGAAUGUGAGCUGGAAAGCAUGAUCAAACUGUUGUUUUGCAUUUCAGAAUACUGUGCCUUAGCUUUACAUUUAGAAUUCAUUGAAUGACAAGCAGAUUUAAGAAAUGUCCAUAACGACCAGCAGAUUUGACAAGUGUCCAUAAUUACCAGCAGAUUUAACAUUUGUCCGUAAUUUUAGUAUGUUGCUUAUGAAAAUACUGAAGGAUUAAAGGUUUUUGAAGAAAUGUAAAAAUCCUGCUUGAACUUUAUGCAUUCAUAUGAAAGUUAUUUGUUUGUGUUGUUAUUUUUCUGAAUGUUAUUGCCUGCAAAUUAAUGAUUUUAAUUAUAAUUUCUUUAUGUAAACAAUAAAUUAAAAAAUGUCA